UAAUUUUAUCUUAAAGUAUAGCCUCGGCUCCCAACCUUCGCUCACGUUGAAAAAAAAAUGUGUUACCAACAUAAUGGCAACAUUAACAUUACUGAAGAUGAACUGAAAGUCUGUGGCAAAGGCUAAACUGAAUGUGAUGUAUCCUGAACGGUUAAACAUAAUUGUGGAGUUGUUGUGUCCCAGGCUGAGACGUUAUAUUGAUUAAUAUCUGAAUACGCGUGUGCGCAAUUGAGCAUGCGCAUAUUGAAUCCCCUCAUAACCGUCACAGUCUUGUUUCUAUGCACUUAUUCGAAACACAACACUGAACACUGCUGCCAAAGCAGCGCACAGAUUUCUACACCUUGAACACACUGCACCAUGGACGAUUAUAUGAUUUUGGAUGCAAUGUGCCCCGGAUGCUUUGGGACAGUUCUAUUUGUGAAGGAAAGAACGUCUGAUCUGGAGUUUACACUAAAGAAGGUUGAGUGUUUGGAUGAAGGCAGAGCCAACCAAGCAUACCAGGAGGCUCAUUGUCUGCUGAAUGUGAGACAUCCCAACAUUGUCACGUAUAAGAAGUUAUUCAUUUUUUGGGAUGAAAGUGUAUCUUCUGUCUUUCUUUCAAUGGUAAUGGACUGCCCAUACAUGACAACCCUGUCCACUGCGGUCACUUAUCACAGACAGGAGGAAAAGAAGAUAAAAAAAAAGGUCAUCAAGACAUUUUUGGGACAAAUGGUGGAUGCUUUGGCCUACUUGCACAAACGGAGUAUUGCUCACAGGAAUUUGAAGCCAUCAAAUAUUCUGAUCACAAAAGAGGCCAAGUUUGUCAUAUGUGAUUUUGGAACUGCCUCCAUCACAGGAGAUAGAGUAAAGUUACACAAAAGAGUAAAGGAUUGUGCCAAACGAUGGAUGGCUCCAGAGAGCCUGACCCAUCAUCAGAUGCCUGAGAAGUCCGACAUUUGGUCCCUGGGGUGUGUCCUUCUCGACAUGCUGACCUGUCACAUGCUUGAUGUGGAGGGAUCUAUCUCUCAGCUGCUGAGGAUCAGAGAGGACCAGACAUCACUGAAUGUCAUUGUCCUCAAGGGCCUCCACCAAGUCCUCACUAUGAUGUUGGACCGCAACCCAAAGACCAGGACCAGCGUGUGGGAACUGGUGAAUGAGGAUCUGGUGAAGCAUUGUCUGCUGUUGUGUGGCUCCCCUCUACACGCCAUGAAGAAAACACUGCCCCCUGGUGUCCAUGGACUGCCAUUCCACCAAGGCUUUGACAGUGUGCUCGAGUUCAUGCAGACCUACAGAGAUGUGGAAUCUGUCCAGAUGUCAGCUCUGUCAUACCUGCUGUCUGAGGAAGGGAAUGUAUUCUACAGGGUAACUGACGUUGUUAUAGCCGUCACCACUGCCAUGCAAAGUCACAUGGACUGUGCAGGUGUUCAGCAAAAUGGUUGCCAGGUCCUACACCAGCGUUUAAUUGCAGUGCUGGGCCAAGCUGGGGAUGGCUCCUGUCUGCUUACCAAGGAAGUGAUCACCUGUGUCCUGAACGCCGUGCACAGUCACCCUGAGAAAGCACCACUGCUCUCUCAUGCCUUUCAGCUUCUCUUCUGUAUCACCGGGGAUGAGCAGGCAGCCAGAGAUGUGCUGGACCUGGACGGUAUCAGAGAGGUGCUGAACACACUGAGGAAGUUUCCAGAGGAUUGUGACAUUGUCGUGCCCUGUUGCAAAUGCUUAUGGAGCGUACUGACACAAAGACUUUGCCUUGGAGCUGUACCUUUGAAAGAUGCUGUGGAGGCUGUGUGUGUGGCAGCAGAGGCACACAUGCAGGACAGCACAGUGAUGGAGUCUGUGUGUGCAGCCCUGUCGUCCCUGACCCUACAAGGUUUAUCUGAAGACCAGGACAUUGAGGAUUCCACCCUUCUGUUGAUGCACGCACUCCAAGCACAUUUAAAGCAUAGCUAUGUGGUGAAGUAUGCUUUCCUUGCUCUGGACAGUCUUGUCAAAAGCUCAGAGUUGGCUGCUUUCAGGCUUCUCCUCGCCCCCAAUGGAGGAAGUGGAUUAGCUAUUGUCAAGGAAGCAGAACUCCAACACCAUGACAACCCAGAGAUCGUAGGGAGCUUUUGUAGCCUCCUCAGUGCUAUGGCCCGUUAUGGUGAUGUCAUACCCGAGUUAGUUGCUGAGAAGAUACCAGAUGUCUUGGAGCAGAUUGAGAGGCAGUUUUCAUCAAAUAAGGAGAUAGCUCAAUUGGCAAAACAUGCCCUCCACAGCACAACAAGCUUUGGAAGAGUCAACAUGACAAGCUCAACAUAAUUCAAAGUGUCACGUUGUGCUUCAUGGAUUGCUAUAGUGACAGUCAAAAUGGUGGUUAUUUCAGUUGUUGUUUUUAUUUUCAGCUGUACUAGUUGCUAUACUGUAUAGGCCUACAUGUCUAAAGAGUAAGCUGUUGGUUAUUAAACUUAUCCAGAAAAACAUA